UUUAUUCAGCAAGCAGCUCUCUGAGGGUCUGACAGAGCCUCCUGCAGUCACUCUGUGAACACAGACCUCGGCAUCUCCAGUAAAUUCACUUUCACAUCCACAGCAGACGCUCUCUCUCUCUACUUGGACUGGGCUUUUCAAACUCCGAGCAGGUCCUGGGUUCUCCUGGUGAUGACCUCAAUCCUGUGCCCUGGUAACACCUACACUGCGAUGAAGGACCUCUCCUCGUCUUCUUCUCCUCUCACCACCCUCCUCCACUACUCGUCCUCCAAGCCCUCCGUCGUGCCCUUCUCCUCUCCGGCGGGUCCUGCCUCGUUGCCGGGGGUCUCGCUGUCAGCCGCGCCGCUCUCCAAGCCGCAGCCGUUCUGUCUGCAGACGGGUCCGCACCUCAUAGCCAGCAUGCAGCUGCAGAAGCUCAACUCUCACUACCAGAGCCUCGCCUCGGGGGUCUCCGCCGGCCACUCGGCACCCGGCGGGACUCAGAAGACCUUCGGGGGCUCGCCGCUGAGCACGGCCGGCCAAUUCCUGGGGCCCUCCGGAGGCCUGGGCGGUGGCGGGAACAUGGGAGUGGGGAUCGGCAUGGCAGGCCAAGGCUCCGGAGCGGCCGGGAUUAUCGACUUUGACCCCGUGGACGAGGAAGUUCUCAUGUCUCUGGUGGUUGAGCUGGGUUUGGACAGGGCCAACGAGCUGCCGGAGCUCUGGCUGGGACAGAACGAGUUCGACUUCAUGUCAGACGUCCCGGCCGGAUGCUGACCAGCCAAAAGAAAGACAGAAACCCCGCACAAACAUUCGGAGACAGUGGAAUAGAUCGACAAAGAGAGAGAAGGCCUCUCUCACCGUUUCGUUUUUCUCUCCCCUAACUUUCUUGGUUGAUACGUUCAAGGAGAGAGUUCAAGAGGAUUCGCGCCGCCUUCCCGUUUCUGCUUUACCGUCACGAUGUUGCUCGUGGACAGGAAACUCUACGGAAAAAAAAGGACCUCUCUCUUUGAUUUGUUUUGCGAGUUUGUCUCGCCGUGACGUUCUCACUCGAAGAAAUUACCCAAAGCACACGCGGAGGACGUCCUCCUUUGUCCACCACUGUAUCUCUGGGCCUUAAUAAAAACCAGUCGACGAAUGCUGCACAGAAACACACAGGUCAACCUCUCGGAGGCCGAACUCUAAAGGCGAGCAAGGUGCACCUGUCGGAUCUGGGUCGGUGCAUAAAGAACGUGGGGGGAAAAAAGCGAACCAGGACUUACACAAAAAAAAAAAAAAAAGAAAAAAAAAGGAUGACAAACACUACGCUUCCUGUUUUCUUAAUAGACAAUAUUGAGCCUCCGCUCUCAUGGGAAAGAGACUUCAGCCUCUUUGGCUUCACAAAGAUCUGAUUGUCUGAGAACUGGUUAUCUCCACAUACUUCUUCUUCUUUCUUUUUUGUUUGAAUUUAGAUCAAGCAGUCGUGCCCUUGUUACUUAAGACAGCGGCUGAUUAUCCAAUCGGGGGGAGUCCUGGACAAGGGGACCUUCUAUAGUCGCUGUUUUUGUGAACAAAAUGAAUCAGAUUAAGGGACGUGGAAACUUUAGGAGCAUGUGACAUGAAUGCGGUGAAAAUGUGCAGAGCACGGCGCCGCUGGGACAACUGGAGCCUUUCGGUCGGUUCUAUGCCAAGCGAAGCUAAUGCGACGCAUUUCAUCUGUGGACAUAAACCGCGAGAUUCGGACACCUUCAGCAUCGUAGGUUUUUCUACUUUACCGCUCAGAUAGCUUUGUUAAAACAGCUUUGAUCAGCCCGGGCUAACCGUAAAAUUACUUUCCUUCAUUGUUUCCGAGGAGGCAGCAUGCUGCUUCAGCACUAUGCGUUUACACACCUUUGAUCCAGCGCAAAAGUUGUCGAGCUAAACUGUCACAAACAGUUUUUCUGGGUUUGAUUUGGUGUUGUACAAAUCUGUAACACCUUGCGUGAUUAACACCUUAGUCGUGCUCUGUAGCGAUCGGUAACUUUUUACUCUGGUGGGGGGCAGCCAACCACACACAUCGUCUUAUGGAGGAUCGAAACCACUUGCCUCUCGCUGCACAGAUCAUCCUCAUCCUUCGCCAGCUGAAUCGUCGACGUCAGAGGUGAGAUCGACGCAGCGGCUGUGCCUGGUCCACUCAGCUCAUGUGGACGCUCGAAGUAAACGGGAUCUGUUAAAGUUUGUGGAGAACAAACCUCCAGAGUUCUCUGUUCUUUUCUUUGUUUUGAAAAAUAAAAGUAAUUAGGAGGA